UUGCCAUUCGGUUUUGCAUUUGACACUUGUUUCCUAGGCAUCCGUGUGAAUGGUCAAAAAGAAGAUUCCUUAUCUCAUUCUCCUCGCUUCCUUGUCGAGCAACAACAACAACAACAACAACAACAACAACAACAACAACAACAACAACAACAACAACAACAACAGGUUCAAGUUAAGUCAAACGGUUUCAAACGACUGUCGUCCAUCGCUGUUCUAAGCCACACUGAUCAAGUAAGUGUCCCCCUGUCCGGUCCUGUUUAUGUAGAUUUCCGCGUAUUCACAUUUAAAGAGGGUGAAAUACAGUUUGAUUUGACCGAAUGGGCGAUGGUUCCUCCACUGAUAUCGUUAAUAUCCGAGUCGUAG